GAAUACUGUAGACAAAAGAAAACAACACAGAACAGUAAGGAAGAAGGAUUAUGCUGUGAAAAUGAAUCUCGCAUUUGAUACACGCAUUUUCAUACUUAUUUGCUGUUUGCUUCAAGGUUUAGCUGGCUUACGCCUCAUCAAAGUCUCAAUACCCGCCUACAAACUACGAGGGGAAUCUGCUUUUCUCGAGUGCCAAUAUGAGCUGAAUAAGUCAAGAGGUACGAUCGGUGGCACACAGACAAGAAGUAGACAUAAUUACAAUCAUCAUCACUAUCAACGUGGUAGCGGAGCGACAAACAUGAAUUAUGUUGAUAACAACGAAUCACAGGAGGAACUGUCAGCAUACAGACGCAUGCGUACACAGGAACAACAGCAGCAGCAAAUGCAGCAACAGCCUUACCGAAGGCAACCCUAUUUUCAGCCUUUAGUGCAAGCCUAUCAGGCACAAUGGCAAGGCGGAAGUGGCAGUAGCAGCAGCAGCAGCAGUAGUAGCAGUAUAGGCAGUGCAAGUGGCAGUAUUACCACACACACUGGCACUUAUUAUCAGCAACAAUAUCCUUAUCAGGCACAGCAACAACAACAGCAAUCUUAUUAUACACAACAAUAUGAACAACCUGAAUAUCAACAGCACACACCACCACCCUCACCUUAUGGUCACAGUAUCUACCGAGGAAGAACACAAACCUCAUCUUCCUCAUCAUCGUCAUCCUUGCCAUCCUCUUCGAUUUACAACAGUAAGUAUGGUGUUGGCGGCGGUGGUGGUGCUCAAGUUGGUGCUAGCACGCAUACUGGCAAAACUUACAUAAGUUCAAGUGGCAUCAUUGGAGGCAGCAGUAGUUUUGCUCAUCAUCCGGCACGUGGUGAUGAUAGCAAUACCGACAGCAAUGAAAGAGACCAUACAGACGAUGCAGAUGAGAAUACCAACGAAGACGAUGACGACGAUGAGGUUGAGAACGAGGGCGGUGCUCUCGAUAGGGACCAUGACGAGGACGAAGGCGAAGAUUUGUAUGCCAUUAAAUGGUACAAGGAUAAUGAAGAAUUCUAUCGUUAUGUGCCAAAAGCAAAUCCACCAAAAACCAGUUAUAGAGUCGAUGGUGUAAGAGUUAUUGAAGAACAUUCUGACAGCACAAGAGUUUUGUUACGAGGACUGACCAUAAAUUCAACAGGAUUAUAUCGUUGUGAAGUAUCAGCAGAAGCUCCAAAUUUUUCAUCCGUUCAAGGUGAAGGACGUAUGGAUAUUGUAUACCUACCACGUGAUGGUCCACAUAUCAAAGGGCAACAAUUUCAAUAUCAAAUUGGUGAAACAUUAAAUCUAAAUUGUACAUCAGGGAAAUCACAUCCAGCAUCACACUUACAAUGGUUUAUCAACGAUCAAGCGGUUGUUGAUGGUCAUUAUUUAGUACGUUACAAUGACACUGUACACCGUCAUGGUCUCAUAACGUCAACGUUAGGUCUGGAAAUGACUGUUGAUGGACGUCAUUUUAACAAUGGUGCCAUGCGCGUCAAAUGUCUUGCAAGCAUAUCACCGGUCUUAUGGAAGGGUGGCAAGGAGAGCGUAUUACAACGUCGACCUGGUAUAAUUGAUAAUCGAGAAGCAAUGCUGUUGGUUCGCAGUUCUUCCACAAGUUUGCAUCAUCGUUAUCAUCAUUACAAUAAUAUAUUUAAUACUUUAGCACAAUUACGUGUUUUAGCCAUAACAACAAUACUAAUGAAACUAUGUCAAUUAUUAUUAUUGCACACAGAAUACACUUAA